CCCCCUGACCCUUUGUUCUCCCGGAUGCCUCAGCUUGCCUUCACCCUUCUCUCCCAUGGCAUGCCCCUGGGCACGCCCUCCCCCAUCGCAGGCCUCGCCUCGGCGCGAGCUCCGGCCUUGCCUUGGCGCGCCCCCCAACUUCGGCGCGAGCUCCGGCCUCGCCCCGGCACACCCCCCAAGUUCGGCUCGAGCUCCGGCCUCGCCUCGCCUCGGUGCGAGCUCCGCCCUCCUCUCCAGCUAUCGCCCGGGGCCUGGGACGCGGCCGCGGCGGGGCGGCGAACCUGGCGCCUCAGCGGCAGCCUCUGCUUCCUCCAUGGCCUCGCCUCGGCUCGGCGCGAGCUCCGCCCUCCUCUCCAACUGUCGCCCGGGGCCUGGAACCCGACGACGCGGCCGCGGCGGCGCGGCGAACUCAGCGGCAGCCUCUGCUUCCUCCACGACCGCGUCCUCCGCCUAUGCGGCCGCCUCCGACCUGGUUCCCGUGCUGUCCCUUGUCGCCAUGACUCUGAGAAGCGCAGGGUGGAGCUCAAGGCCAAGCUCGCCAUGACUCUGAGUUCUUGCACGGUUCAAAGUCUGUUCAGCUGACAAAAAGAAGGAUACAUGCAGGGAGCGAGGAAGGGAAGAAGAAGACCUUCAGAAGUCAGAUUGCUGGGAGCCGUAGAGAUCCAUAAUGCAGUUUCACACACAGAGGACUUCAUAUGUAGUCCAUGAUGAUCAGAGAUGAGUCAUUGCAGUGUGUUGUUUAUGUGUAAAUCGGAGAUGACUUCAUGUGUAAUUGUAGCUCAGAGAUGACUGCAUUGCAGUCAUGUUCAUGUGUAAUCUGCUGAAUUGUGAAAUAUAUUGAACAUGUUACCAGAUUGCAUGAAUG